AUGUCAUCAUUUGGAUCUCACACUUCUCGCGUUACCCGCCGCAACCACGCUGACAAACGUAUCACAUCGCUAGUCGCCAAGGAAAUGGCCAAGGCCAUUCUGCAAAUAGUCAGCGAGAUCAAUGAGGUGAAGAGCAGCUCCUCCAUUGAUUCCAAAAGUGACUCUCCGAAAGCUACUUUUAGCUUCAAACAAUUCAAGGCAUGUGAUCCUAAAGACUUCACUAGUGAAGACGGGCCCAGCGCUAUGUUUCAGUGGUUUAACUCGAUUGAGCAAGCUCAAGUUCAAGCUCCUCCUGCACUGCCAGCCCCUCUUCCCGCUCCUCAAGGUAAUCCAGCAGCUCCUGCUCCCGCUGCUCAUGCACGAGCCUGCUAUGCUUGUGGUGAUCCUAACGACUUCGCAAACGUCUGCCCGAAUCGAGUGGUGAAGCAAGAGCCACAGCAGCAACCAUCGCAUCAACAACAACAACAGCAGCAGCCUCAGCAGUCAGCUCAACAAGCAGCCGGCGGUAGAGCAUUCAACAUCAAUGUCCUCCAGGCUCAAACUGAAAACAAUGUUGUCAAUGGCUACAACCCGUUGGGCCCUGAGGAUCAUUUUCCUCAUGAGAUGGAGAUGGACGGCGACCAAGAUCCAGAAAUGCAGACUAGAACACCGGGCCACCCAAUUAGCAUCUCAAGCGGUUCUCCAUUUCAGGGAUCACCGUACUGUAGGCCCGAUUCAUUUCAAGAGAGGAUGGCCACUUAUGAUUGGUACUUUACUCCUUCGUACCAUAGCUCUCCAGCUCAACCUCCUUUGAUUGAGCCCCAGCUUCAAGCAGUUUCACCUCCAACACUUCCUGUUGAGGAGCCGCCUCAACAGCCACCUCAGCCACCUCCCGAGCCUUCAAGGCGAAGGAGGAACGCACGUAUAUCCGUGCGAGGAGGACCUCGUUUCAGUUCUCCUCAGGGUUCGAGUUCUUACCCUCCUAUUCUAGAGGACCCCCAAAUGGGUGGGCCCUCGAACGCGGCACCGGAGAUCGAUCCUCCGCCAGCUUCUUAUGCACCACCACAGCCGCCUAUGGGUUUCGACAACCCGAUCCCGACUUACCUAGGUUCUUCUGGGUACAAUCCUUUUGAAAACCCAUCGGGAUAUCCAUCGGAAUAUGGGACUCAUGAUCCGUACCUUACAGCUGCAGAAUACCAUCAUCUUUACCCUUCUUCUUACCCUCCAGUUUAUCCAACUAGAUACCCGGUGUAG